AGUUGGUGCACGUGCGCUGUCAAAGUGACGUUUAGCUUGUUUUGAUACGCUCUUUUUUUUUUCUUCUUCUCUUAUUUGUGAUUUUUUCACUGAAGACACGUCAGUUGUGUGUUAAAUUAAAUUUCGUGGUGUUAAUUUGAAAUCAGCGAUCGUGGCUUCUUCUACGAGCAGCAAAAUGCGACGGGCUCACGGCAACUACGAGUACAAACCUCUGUCUCAGAACAUGAACGAGAUGGAGGACGAGAACAACCGGAUGGCUGAUCAACUCAAGGAUAAAAUCGGGGCUCUGAAGUCUCUGUCCAUAGAUAUUGGGAAUGAGGUUAAGUACCAGGACAAGCUGCUCAGGGACGUCGACGACGACAUGGACAAGACAGGUGGUUUCCUUGGCAACACUAUGAACAGGGUGCUGAGGCUGUCGAAGGGUUCACACAACUACUACAUCGUCUACCUGUUCCUCUUCUCAGUCUUCAUCUUUUUCCUCAUCUUCAUCAUCCUCAAGUUUCGAUGAAUUCAUCAUCUACAGAAGAUACCCAUACACACAUCAGUAUCAGAAUUAUAUAUAUAUACUGUAAAUCUUUAUCAAUAGUGCGGGGGGAAAAACAUCUGAAAUCUGGUAGCUGUCAGACCAAUCAACUUUCUUCUUUUUUUUUUUCUAUUACUAUUUAAACAUUACAAUUACUAUGUCGGUAUAAUAAGAUUAUUAUUAUGUUUUUUUUUUAAUUGUACAUAAAAAGACUUUUAUGAAUGACAAAAA